AACGCGAACUGUUGUGUUGCUGCGAUAAUCCAGCAUCUCGCGUACAUUUUGGCAGGGAGGGCAGUGAAAAUUUAUCACGUUUACAUGAUCGGAUGGCACCGUGACCAGUUUUUAUAGCGUAUUGUCAUCAAACAGCUUUUGAGCAAAAUGGACCCCAGCAAGCAAGCCAGUUCAGACUUUGGCUUUCAAGAUUUUGCGGAAGACAGUACACUGGUGGAGCUGGACACGUCAGAUCAGCAAACGCACACCUUCAAACAGUUUCCUGACUCAGCUGUUGACGAUGACGAGCUCGACGGAAAUGUGGAGCAGAACAAGUUGCUGGGUCAGGAGGCGCCUGCCAGCGGCGCUAUCUGGACGGUUGAGUACUACCGUAAAUACUUCAACGUGGACACGGGUGACGUGCGCGACCGCUGCCUCUGGUCCAUGGUGCCGAAGCCGGGCUCCAACUUCCUGCGCGACCGGCUGCAGCACAACCCCGACCUGUACGGGCCGUUCUGGAUCGGCGUCACGCUGGUGAUCUCGAUCGCCGUCAUGGGCAACCUGGCCAACUACCUGCAGGUGGCGGCGCAGGGCGAGCAGUACAAGUGGAGAUACGACUUUCACAAGCUGACGCUGGCCGCCACGGUGGUGUUCUGCUACUCGUGGCUGGUGCCGGUCUUGCUGUGGGCGGCGCUGUGGUGGCGCGGCGCCCAGACCAGCAUGACGCUGCUGCAGCUCAUCUGCCUGUACGGCUACUCGCUCACCGUCUACAUCCCGAUCUCGGUGCUGUGCGCGUCGGGCGUGUGGCAGCUGCAGUGGGCGCUGAUGCUGCUCGGGUUCGCCGUGUCUGGCGCCGUGCUCGUCACCAGCCUGUGGUCGGCGCUGAGCGAGGAGCGCCGCAACGCUGCGCUCGCCAUGGCCACGGUCGUGCUGCUGCUGCAUCUGGCGCUGGCCGCCGGCUUCCUGCUGUACUUUUUCCGUGCCCCGAUGCCGGCGGGAGCCGGCCCACCCGCUGGGGCGGCUACCUCAGCCACGGCGGCCGCCCUGACGUCGCCACAGGCGCCG